AUGUCUUUUUCAUAUUUGAGAGAAAAUGACAAACCAAUUAAUAUUCCAGAUGGUAUGGUUUUUAGAAAUUCGACAACUAAUAUGGAUAUACCAUCCACAUUUAUUAAGGAUGAAGAAUACUAUUUCGUAACUUGGAUGUAUAGCUAUGAAUUAAUCAAUAAUAUUGAAAAUGAAAAAGAUAAAGAUAAAUUUGAGAGUUGGGAAACGGCUUUGAAUCCAGAAAGGUUCAAUCUUCUCUCCAUCUUGAAUUUUCGCCGAACAAAAGAUGACUUUACGUUUAAUAAGUGCGUUGAACAUACUCUUAUAUCAAAGUUUGUUUCGCAUGUUGCUAUUACAAAUAGAAAGUGGGGAAAGGUUGCUUCUGCUUUAAGCAAAGAUGAAAUAUCUAAGCAAGCUCAAUGGGAGUCUGUAAAGUCAUUCUGGAAUAAGGUCGAGCUCGAGCAAAUCGAAGAGAACACAAAGUUAUCGGAAAAGAAGUUGGACCAAAUUGAGACAAGACAACAAGUCCAGGCAACCGAAAAUGCCUCAAACCAGAUAAAUGUAAUCCAGAAUAGAUUUAUCAACAGGAGCAAGAAACGUGGACAUGACUUGCAGGUCGAUGAGGAGACAUCAAAAAGGUGUAAAACUGAAUCCGAAAAUAGAACAAGAAGUGGGAGAACUGUUGUGCCGAAUUAUAGUCAUUUUUAUGGUGAAUCAAUAAUAAAUGAAGAUUGCGAUGCUCCUGAAAAUUCUUCACAAGGAUCUUCUAAUAGUGAUGAACUAAAUGAUGAGUUGGUUACUCAAGAGAAUCAAGAGAACGACCACUUUGAUGAAAAUCAAGAUAUUCAAAAUGAUGAUCAGAAAUAUUUAACAUUAGCUUAUACAUCAUCUGACGGCAUCAAAAUUAAAAAACCAAAUCGUCUGAAUUUAAUAUCAUCAGAUGAUUCCUCUCAAGAGACUGACGAUGAAGAUAUACCUCCAGAGGAUUCAUUUCUCUCUGCAUCUAACGGUCCAAAAAUUUGGAUCUUGCCUUCGGGUCAGAACGUUGGGGAUAUCUAUGCUAACAAGAUAUCUGAGAAUGCAAGAACAACCAAAAAAAGGAAGAAAUUAACAGCCAUUAAGAAAGCUAUACUGCGCUAUGGUGCAUCAAAUAUAAUUGAUUUGUCCGCUCACAUGAAGAAAUGGUUUUGUAUUGAUGACAGAAAAUUCAUUAUAAAAGAUUAUGAAUCUAUGUUACGAAUUCCCGAGAUGGCAACCGAAGAGAGCUCGUUUGUUUUGAAAAUUGAGGAUGUAUGGAGCGAAGAUCAAGUGAAUAUCUUGGAUGUUACUCCGGAAAGCACACACACAGAAAUUGAUGUAAUUUUAAAAGCAUGUGCAUACAUUGUUGAAGGACUGAGCAAAAACCUUAAAGUAUAUUCUAUAUGGGGGGAAUCUUUUUGCCCCUUGAGCAGGAGUACAGAUUACACCAAGGGACGUAAAUGUGAUGUUCGCUUCAUAUCAGCAUUAGGGGUUGAUGUUGGAGAAUGGGAAUUUUCCGCAAAAGCUAUAGCGAAUAAGACCAUUGGUGAUAGAUGCCGUUCCGCUCGAAUAAAUCAAUCGAUUUUGAACGGAUUACUAGAAUAUAAUCUCAAUUAUGAACAAGCUAAAAGUAUCCUAAUUCCUUUUUUGCAGUUCGGUGGCACAAAUGGCCAAUUGUUAGUUGAGGAUUUAGUGGAAGGUUUUUAUAUUGUCCUUCCUGGACCAAAGUUUGAAUUGCCCAUAAGACUUCGAGAUAUCGGAAAACUGAAAACUGCUAUAAACGUUAUCAAGUUAGUCAUGGACAUGUAUGAAAAAACUUGUGAAACUAUAGAAAAUCUGGAAACAUUUCAUCAUGAUUUUGACGAUAUAUUUGAAGAAGAUUAUCACGUAGACAAGCCUACUCAUUUUAAGUACAAAUAUAUUCGUAAAUCGUGGUGGACCCCAAAAAAUUCUCUGUUCUAA